UUCGGGCUAUCUCGGGCCUGGGCCGGCCCGACUCGGCUCCCUCUGGCGGCGCCGAUCGUCCCGGGCUGAGCUUGAGCUCCGGGACGGCCUUAGGAGAUGUCCCGGCCGAAUAGCGUCUCGCCUCGGCCCUCGGGGAGUGGAUCCACAACCGGAGGCCCCCCUACCGCCUCCGCCGCCUCCUCGUCGUCCUCCUGCUCAGGCGGUGGUCGCGCCAAGGGGCUGAAGGACAUUCGUAUUGACGAAGAAGUGAAAAUCGCUGUGAAUAUCUCUCUGGAGCGGUUUCGGUAUGGGGACCAACGAGAAAUGGAUUUUCCUUCAUCAUUGAGCAGCACUGAGAGAGCUUUUAUUCAUCGACUAAGUCAGUCUCUUGGUUUGAUUUCUAAAAGCAAAGGGAAAGGAGCAAACAGAUAUCUAACUGUGAAGAAAAAAGAUGGAUCCGAAUUGGCACAUACAGUGAUGACUUGUAAUUUGAUUCCAAACACAAAGCAUGCUAUUAGAAGUUUAGUUCAGAGAUUUCCUGUAACCAAUAAAGAACGCACAGAACUUCUACCAAAGACAGAGAGGGGAAAUGCAUUUGCUGUUGAAGCUGAGAAUAGAGAAAUGAGCAAAACAAGCGGGCGUCUUAACAGUGGCAUCCCUCAGAUCCCAGUGAAACGGGGAGAAUCAGAAUUUGAUUCAUUUCGACAGUCUCUACCAGUUUAUGAAAAGCAAGAUGAAAUUGUUAGAAUUAUUAAAGAAAAUAAAGUAAUUUUGAUUGUGGGGGAAACUGGAUCUGGAAAAACUACUCAGAUACCUCAAUUUCUGCUUGAUGAUUGCUACAAAAAUGGCAUACCGUGUCGCAUAUUUUGCACUCAACCAAGACGGUUAGCGGCAAUUGCUGUGGCUGAAAGAGUUGCUGCUGAAAGAAGAGAGAAGAUUGGUCAGACUAUUGGUUAUCAGAUCCGAUUAGAAAGCAGGGUUUCUCCAAAAACGCUCUUAACCUUUUGCACAAAUGGUGUAUUACUUCGUACACUAAUGGCGGGGGAUAGCGCAUUGUCUACUGUAACUCAUGUUAUUGUGGAUGAAGUCCAUGAGAGAGAUCGAUUCAGUGAUUUUUUGUUAACAAAAUUAAGAGAUAUGCUACAAAAACACAUGUCAUUGAAACUCAUACUUUCUAGUGCUGCUCUUGAUGUGAAUCUCUUUGUCAGAUAUUUUGGAGGCUGUCCAGUGAUAUAUAUUCCAGGAAGACCCUUUGAAGUAAAGGAAAUGUUUUUAGAAGACAUAUUAAGAAGUACAGGCUAUACAAAUAAAGAGAUGAUCAAAUACAAAAAGGAAAAGCAGCGUGAAGAAAAACAGCAGACAACUUUGACUGAAUGGUAUUCUGCGCAAGAUAAUAGUAAGCCUGAAUUGCAACGACAGAGGGCUGUUCCAAAUGUAGCUGAAGAAUAUGAACUGCUGGAUGAUGGAGGUGAUACUGUCUUCAGUCAAUUGUUCUUCAUAGACCUAUGGACAGCUUUGGAUUGGGCUAAACACUUUGGGCAGACAGAAGUAAUUGACCUGCUGGAAUCCUAUUGUGCCUCAUUAGAGUCUGGUAAUUUAGAUGAAAGUUCCUUGGUCCAUGCUAAUGCCGGUGAACUGAAUAUAGAAGAUCGGGAGCUCUUGAAAGCUUAUCACUACAGUUUUGAUGAUGAAAAGGUAGAUCUUGACCUGAUAAUGCACCUACUAUACAACAUCUGCCAUAGCUGUGAUGCAGGUGCAGUUUUAAUUUUUCUUCCUGGAUAUGAUGAGAUAGUUGGAUUGAGAGAUCGCAUACUCUUUGAUGACAAAAGAUUUGCAGAUAAUGCUCACAGAUUCCAGGUGUUUAUGCUACACUCAAAUAUGCAGACGUCUGAUCAGAAAAAGGUUCUAAAGACUUCUCCUCUAGGCAUCCGCAAAAUAAUACUUUCUACAAAUAUUGCAGAAACCAGUAUCACAGUAAAUGAUGUUGUUUUUGUGAUUGACUCAGGAAAAAUGAAAGAGAAGUCCUUUGAUGCACUGAAUUGUGUAACUAUGCUUAAGAUGGUGUGGAUUUCUAAAGCAAGUGCUGUUCAGAGGAAGGGCAGGGCAGGACGUUGUCGACCUGGAAUUUGUUUUAGACUUUUCAGUAGGUUAAGAUUUCAAAAUAUGUUGGAAUUUCAGACUCCUGAACUUCUAAGAAUGCCUCUACAAGAGCUUUGUUUACACACAAAAUUGCUAGCUCCCAUCAAUUGUCCAAUUGCUGACUUCUUAAUGAAAGCUCCAGAACCACCUCCUGCUUUAAUUGUGAGAAAUGCUGUACAGAUGCUUAAGACCAUAGAUGCUAUGGACACCUGGGAAGAUUUAACAGAACUUGGCUAUCAUCUGGCUGACUUACCUGUAGAACCCCAUCUUGGGAAAAUGGUGUUGUGCGCUGUGGUUCUGAAGUGCCUGGAUCCUAUUCUGACAAUUGCUUGCACACUUGCGUAUCGGGAUCCUUUUGUGCUACCCACACAGGCUUCUCAAAAACGUGCAGCCAUGCUGUGUAGAAAACGAUUUACUGCGGGAACAUUUAGUGACCAUAUGGCCCUUCUUCGGGCUUUCCAGGCAUGGCAGAAAGCACGAAGUGAUGGCUGGGAAAGAGCUUUUUGUGAGAAGAACUUCCUUUCUCAGGCAACCAUGGAAAUAAUCAUAGGAAUGAGAACACAGUUGCUUGGGCAGCUGAGAGCAUCAGGUUUUGUUAGAGCCAGAGGUGGUGGUGAUAUAAGGGAUGUGAAUACAAACUCAGAAAAUUGGGCUGUAGUUAAAGGAGCCUUAGUAGCUGGAAUGUAUCCAAAUAUCGUUCAUGUUGACAGAGAGAAUGUAGUUUUGACUGGUCCAAAAGAGAAAAAAGUCCGUUUUCAUCCUACAUCCGUUCUUAGCCAGCCCCAGUAUAAAAAGAUUCCUCCUGCGAAUGGCCAAGUAGCAGCUAUUCAAGCACUUCCCACUGACUGGCUUAUAUAUGAUGAAAUGACAAGAGCCCACCGAAUAGCUAAUAUCAGGUGCUGCUCAGUUGUGACUCCAGUCACAGUGGCCCUCUUCUGUGGAUCAGCUAGGUUGCCAAGUAAUGCUUUACAGGAGCCUUCUUCCUUCCGAGUUGAUGGUGUCCCUAACGAUAGCAGUGAUAGUGAAAUGGAGGAUCGAACAACUGCAAACUUGGCUGCUUUAAAAUUAGAUGAGUGGCUCAAUUUCAAAUUAGAUCCAGAGGCUGCUAGCCUCCUCUUGCAGUUAAGACAAAAAUGGCAUAGUUUAUUUCUGCGACGUAUGAGAGCUCCUUCAAAGCCAUGGUCUCAAGUUGAUGAAGCAACAAUACGAGCAAUCAUUGCAGUUUUGAGCACUGAAGAACAAUCUGCAGGUCUGCAGCAGCCUUCAGGAAUUGGGCAAAGACCAAGACCUAUGUCAUCCGAAGAACUUCCCUUGGCAUCUUCUUGGAGAUCAAACACCAGUCGAAAAAGCUCAGGAGAAUCAGAGUUUGCAGAUGAUGCUUUUAAUACAGAAAGAAAUACUCCCAAAGCAACAUUAAGCUAUGAUAUAAACAAAGAACAAAACAAUACAAUAUUAAGAGUCUUAAUGAAAUCUACCUCUCCAGCAUUUCACCAACCACUGAAAUACAAAGAAAGGGGUGUUGUGCAUUCCAAACGAAGUACAGAUGACAGGGCAGACCAAACAUCUGUGAAAUCUACAGAUAGUAUCAGUUAUCCCAGUCCCUGUGCCAGUCCUUCUCCUCCAUCAUCUGGGAAGGGUUCCAAAUCUCCUUCUCCAAGGCCAAAUAUGCCAAUUCGGUACUUUAUUAUGAAAAGCAGCAAUUUAAGGAAUCUUGAGAUUUCACAACAGAAGGGGAUUUGGUCUACAACUCCAAGUAAUGAGAGAAAACUGAAUCGUGCUUUUUGGGAAAGUAGUGUUGUUUACUUGGUAUUUUCUGUUCAGGGAUCAGGACAUUUUCAGGGCUUUGCUCGAAUGUCUUCUGAGAUAGGCCGUGAGAAAAGUCAGGACUGGGGUUCAACUGGUUUAGGGGGAGUGUUCAAGGUGGAAUGGAUUCGGAAGGAAAGUCUCCCUUUUCAAUUUGCUCAUCAUCUGCUUAAUCCUUGGAAUGACAAUAAGAAAGUACAGAUAAGCCGAGAUGGCCAGGAACUGGAACCUCAGGUUGGUGAACAGUUAUUACAACUAUGGGACCGUAUUCCUCUAGGGGAGAGAAACACAGCAGACUGAAAAUAAAAGGGCACAUUUUGGGUUGCACCUCGCGUGAAAGGAAAUUAAAAUCAUCAGUGCUCAUACAGAAAAGAAAUACCAUAAUGAAUAAGAUUGAAGGAAACUAGGGGCAUUUUUCAAACACAGACUGAACUAAAGGGGCUGACGUUAACUUCCACUAAGAAAUUUGUUCUUCAUCUUGGACGUUCUACUGUUUGCACAUUCAAAUCAGAUAAGCUUCUGGUGAACUGUGAACAAUGUUGUAAUUAUAUUUAAUAUAUCUUUGGAGAAAUAGAUAUGUCUACCAUGCAUAAGUUUUCAAUAAGGUCCUGUUUAGAAAUGCUCAAGGGAAAAGUAAGCAGCAUGGAAAGUUAAAGGUCUGGAAUAAUUGUAGUAAAUAUACAGAUGAGAGCUUCUCUAUUUAAACUUGAAUCAAACUAUUUAGAACUGUGUGUAUCUUAAAGGGUCCUUUAAGUUGGUUUCAGGGUGUUUAGUUUACAUUCUGUCUAGUAUGAGCUCAUGAAAAAAGUGUUGGAUAUUUUUGUAAAUUCUUGUAGUAGUUGGACCAGAAAUAAUUUCUUCAGUAUCGAAGAAAAGGACACUUGAAAAAAACCAUUGUAGCGGUCUCAAUUACAUUUUUUCUCUCUCCUUCCUUUUAAAACUUUUCUUUUGUGUACUUCUAAUUUUUCUUUUUCUUUCUGUGGUUCUUACGUUUUUAUGUACUCAAUACCUUACUCCUUACUUAAUUCUUUAUCUGAUUUACUGCAUUUUAUUUUUAGAGUGAUAUUGGCCACUACAACUUGUAGUUUCUUUAUCUAGUGUUUAGAGAAGUGGUGGGUCAGUUGAACAAGAGGAAAGAAAAAAUGUCAUGCUAAAGAGGUGAUACCUGAGUACUUCUAAGCUAUGUUUGACUACAGUUAAAGAGCCAUUAAUGUCAUGCUGUAAACUAAUAAUGAUAAAAGAAUGACAAUUCUUGUCCAAAACCACUACAUGGAAGAAGAAAUUAUAAUAGGCUUUAUCCACAGCAGAUUUGUUGCUUUUUCAUUCAAAUGUUACUUUUUAUAUAUAUAUUUAUCUAUAGUGUGAUUAUUUGUAAUUUUUACACAUUCAUUUAGUAUUCUCUUGUUAAUGAAUU